AGCACCUUCCUGGCUUGCUGUUCACCCCGUUGAGGACUCAUCCCGCACCUCCGCAAAUCCAGCGCGAUGCCGCUCAAGAAACCCGACCCGAAGAAGGAAGCAGCCAAAGCAGCUCCAGGCUCUGAGCCUGCCUUCGAUCCCAAGAGCGUGAAGAUUGAAUUCACGGCAGAGCAGAUUGAAGAGUUCAGAGAAGCCUUUGGGCUGUUUGACCGGACGCCUGCGGGGACGAUGCAGAUCAGCUACGGACAGUGCGGGGACGUGCUCCGAGCGCUCGGCCACAACCCCACCAACGCAGAGGUCCUCAAGGUGCUGGGCAAGCCCAAACCAGAAGAAAUGAACACAAAGAUGCUGGACUUUGAGACCUUCCUCCCCAUCCUGCAGCACUUCACCCGCAACAAGGAGCAUGGCACCUUUGAGGACUUUGUGGAAGGGCUGCGUGUGUUCGACAAGGAGGGCAACGGGAUGGUCAUGGGGGCCGAGCUGCGCCAUGUGCUGGUCACACUGGGAGAGAAGAUGACAGAAAGUGAGGUGGAGCAGCUCAUGGCAGGGCAGGAAGAUGCCAAUGGCUGUAUCAACUAUGAAGCUUUUGUCAAGCACAUCAUGUCUGGCUGAAAUGAGAAACUUCAGGUGAGUUCAGUGGCGUCUCCUGCUGCUCACUCCAAAAUUGGAAAUCCUGCAAGUAACAGCCACGGGCAGAGAAGCCAAAACCCAAACCUGCAGUGGAUUAAUGCCACAGGAAUAAUCCCAGCUCUGAAGGCGCAAAAGUUAUGUUGAUGAUAAGGAAUUUCAUUUGUAACUCCUGCCAAUUAAAAUUUAUCAGGACAUCA